ACUUAAAGCGAGGUGGAAUGCGGUUUUAUGGAUUUCAGUUGAAUGCUGGCAAAUUUUAAAUGGUUUUGGAGUGGUGGAAGUUCGAACUUGAGAGUUCGAUGCCCUGAUAGAACCCUACCCAAGAGCCCUUGUUCGCCAGAGAUGUUGGGACCCUACCCAGAACCCUACUCAAGGGACCUUGUUCCGCAUUUCCGAGCCAGUUUUGAGUUUCAGUAGCAGCAGGUUGAAAGGGACCCGAAGCGCUGCAUUGGACUUUGCGACGGCGGUUAUCGCGACCUCGCGGAUGGAGCGCCGCACAGCCCUUCAGCUCGGCGCGCUGCUGCUGACGUGUCUCGCGGUCUCACGGGUCACCUGUGUUCCCUUCGCCGAUUCGCAGGUGCAAGUGCUUAUGGACUGCCAGAAGGUGUGGAACAGAACGCUUCGAGGCUGGGAGGUCGGUGGGGACUGCAGCAAUGCGAGCAACAUCACGUGCAAUGCCCAAGGCAUGAUAACGGAGAUGAAUUUCCAAUCAAGCGGAUUGAGGGGAUCAAUACCGACAACCAUUGGCAACUUGAUCAGCCUGACAAGCUUGGACUUUGGCAACAACAGAUUGUGGGGCUCAUUUCCGGAAUCCUUUAGCAAUCUCACGAAUCUUCGUUUCUUGAAUCUUCACAAUAUUGGCUCGACUGGAUACAUUCCAUCCACUAUUGGACGCAUGAGCAGCCUAAUGUUCUUAGACCUCGGCUACAACGGCUUGGGGGGUACAAUCCCUGACACCAUUGGCGAGCUCACAAAUCUUCGCACCUUAAUUCUCUCGCAGAACACGCUGGCUGGCAUGGUACCUGCGACAAUUGGCAAUCUUCAAUAUCUGACCAAUUUAGACCUUCACGAUAGUAGCUUGGUUGACACAAUUCCUCCGUCCUUUGGCAAGCUCACAAAUCUUCGUAACUUGGUCAUGAAUGCAAACAGCACAUGCCCUCCUGACUUCACCCAAUGUGUGGUCGUACAAACGCUUCAGAGUGCUUUUUGCCGCCAGUGCCUCUCCUUCUGCACCACUUGUGUCAAGGCAGCACCAUCGCCCACCACAACACCCCCAUCGACACCCGCUGAGUCCCCCUCACCUUCCUCCUCCUCUCCAGCAUCCCCCCCCUCGCUUGGAACGUCCAGCUCCCAGUCUGGAGGCGGUCUGUCAGCAGCAGCCAUUGCUGGCAUGGUGGCUGCUGUGGCCUCCCUGCUGCUGCUGUUGAUUGGUGUGCUGCUAUGGCGGAGAGGCUUUAAGUUAGUAGCAGCACAAGGAGCACCUACAGCAGUCAAAGGGAGCAAGAACAUACUGCGAAGAGAUUUUGAAGGCUUGGCUGGCAGCGUGGCAGCCUCUCAAUGCACCGAGUACUCCCUUGAGGAAGUCAUGGCAGCCACGAGCAACUGGUCCGAUGACAACCACCUUGGCUCGGGUGCCUUUGCUAAUGUGUACAAGGGCGUGUCUCCAAGGGAUAGCACCACCCUGUGGGCUGUCAAGCGAGCCAAACUGCUAGAUGCAAACUUCCAGAGAGAGGUCCAGCAAAUUGCGCUCAAGAACCAUCCCCACAUUGUGCGGCUGCUCGGGUUUGCUGUUGGAGGGGACAUGAGGACUCGGCCAGAGCAAGUCUUGAUCUACGAGUUUGCUGAAAACGGUGACCUUCAAAAGUGGAUCGAUACAAAAGCGCCCUUCCAUCUCAGCAUGAAGCAACAGCUGGACAUCCUCAUUGGCGCUGCACGUGGCUUUGAGUACCUCCACAGCUUUGGCCUUGUGCAUCGCGACAUCAAACCCGCUAACAUCCUCCUCGGGGCAGACAUGCAGGCCAAGAUUGCAGACUUUGGGCUUAUGAGGAAGGAAGAGGGCAGCACUGUAGGCACUACUCGCGUCAUGGGAACUCCGGGCUAUGUGGAUCCGAUCUACUUCCGCACGUCAAAGGCAACCAGCGCCACUGAUGUCUACAGCUUUGGUGUGCUCAUGCUAGUGGUCCUCACCGAGCGGAACUUCCCACUUAAUACGAAUGAUGGAGAGUGCGACCACAUUCUGUCAUGGGUGGAGGCCUGCCUGGCGUCCGACAACCCGACCCGCCUCAAGGGCCUCAGCAUGGACGCCCCUGAUGAUGCUGUGCUGCGCUUGGCCCAGCUGGCUCUCAGCUGCACUGUGGAGCGCACUGCCAGUCGCCCAAGCAUGGCGGGCAUUGCUAAAGAGCUACUCGCUGUCAGGGAUGAGGUGGUGGGGUCGUUGCUGAGUGCAGCGAUCAAGGUGGACGAGCAAGGGAUGAAGGGUGCUGCUUCUAUUUUAUAAGACAUAGAUGCUCAGCUGCCAUCCAGUGAUCAGCCGCCAGCAUGGAAACAGGGCUGACGUUUCAAAAAAAGACACUUUGAUUUUGCCCCCCAAAAAUUUUCCCGAGUCUGGAAGGUCAUUUUUCAAAUUUUCGCUACUCUCAAAUCUCAGUGUCCAAGAGUCAACGAGUCUGAAUGACUCAGGGUUCAGAAUGUCAACUCAGAGUCCUGCGCCCAAGAUGAAAUCUUGUAUUUUCAGAGUUCACACCAGGCCCCACGAUUGGUACUAGGGCACCCUGAUUGCUUGAUGUCAGGUUCCAUAAAAAACCUUUUCGUCAGCCUCAAGAAAAUUUACGCUGAUUC